AUGAGUCUUGCAUCUUUGCGCCUUCAAACCCAAGGCGGAGGAGGAAAUGCCCUAGGUCUGGUCCGCAGCAUCUGGACUAAAGAAGGGCCUUUGGCUUUUUACAAGGGAACUCUAGCUCCGUUGCUAGGUGUAGGUGCUUGUGUCAGCAUACAAUUCGGCGCCUUUCAACUCUUCCGCCGGCGACUCGAAGAGUAUCGUGAAAUCUACCCAACCGACGCUAAAACGAACAGCAAAUCACUCUCCCUAUCUGACUUCUACCUCGUGGGAGGAGCCGCGGGCCUGACCAACAGCAUCAUAUCCGGACCAAUCGAACAUGUCCGAAUCAGGCUCCAGACUCAGCCAAACGGCGCAGCCCGUCUAUACUCUGGGCCCUGGGACUGCGUGCGCAAGAUCACGCAGCACUCCGGUAUCAAGGGCCUGUACCGUGGGCAGGUCGUCACACUUUACAGAGAGUUCCACGGGUACGGCAUCUGGUUUGCCGCGUAUGAGGGAUUUCUCAGUAUGGCGAUGGCGUGGGAAGGCGUCAAGGACAGAAGAGAACUAGCUAGCUGGAAGAUUGCCGUCUGUGGAGGUCUUGCGGGCGAGGCGCUGUGGCUGGGGAGUCAUCCGCUCGAUGUGAUCAAGAGUAAGAUGCAGAGCGACGGGUUUGGGAGAGGCCAGAAGUACUUGACUAUGCGUGACGCUUUCCGCCAGACUUGGAGAGAGGGUCGGUUUCGAGGACUAUUUCGAGGACUUGUUCCAGCGUUGCUGAGGGCGAUGCCUGUGUCUGCUGGGACUUUUGCAACGGCUGAGCUUAGAGAUAUUAUCCCACAGCGCGUUACGCUUGCCGAAGGCUGCACUGGGAAGCGAUUGGAAUAUGUCGCAUUGCCGGUGGCACAGUGCCCGAAAUCGGCUACGGUACACAUGUCCGUCCGACGGUAUCAUGAGGGGUUGCCGCAUCUAGAUGUAGGAUACCGAAGGUAUUCAAAUAGGCUCGCCCUACAAUUUCUAUCGCAUAGUAUCGACCAGCGGCUCGCAGCUCUUCUAAGCCGGCGACAUCCAGCUGUUCACUAUGCCAACAAUGCGUCUCUUACACGUUUCCAGUCGCGAUACGCAUCCACCACUUCAGGGAACCCAGAAACAUUGCCACCACACUCCAAGCUGCCCUUGAAGAUUCUCUUGCGGUCCCUGUUGGUGGCGACCAUUUCUUCCCACCGGAUCUUGCUGGGCCCGUCUCUGGCUAUUUUGAAAUUCCUAAACGACUCGCACCGAACCUGGGUCUUUGACGUGCAAAGGAAUCCUUUAUUGCACGCUAUACUAAAGAAGACCAUGUACAACCACUUCUGCGCCGGCGAGAACCGACACGAGGUGACGUCGACGAUUGCGGAGAUCAAGCGCAUGGGGUUUCGGGGAGCCAUCCUCACGUACGCUCGCGAGAUUGUGGUCGACAACACGACAGAAGAAGAGAGUGGUCGGGGGUUGAAGGAGAUGGAUUCCGCUUCAGUAAUCGAGUCAGAUGCUGGGAUCGACGCCUGGCGUGAGGGUGUCUUGGAAACGGCGGAUAUGCUCAGUGAAGGAGAUAUCUUGGCUCUCAAACUGACUGGUGCCGGUGCCGCCGUUUCAGAGGCGCUCACUUCGAGGAAGCCCCUGCCAGCGCAGAUGGAGUCAGCUCUCGCAGACGUAUGCUCUCGCGCGGUGGAGCGUGGAGCACGCAUCUUCAUGGACGCCGAACAGAUUCCAGUACAGCCCGGAAUCGACGCAGUAGCAAUAGACCUCAUGCGCCGCUUCAACACGAAAGAAAGAGGCGCCGUCGUCUUCAACACCUACCAAGCCUAUCUCAAGAGCACACCGGAUACCCUGGCUCAGCACGUGGCGCUAGCUCACAAGGACAACUUUGUCCUCGGUAUCAAACUGGUGCGCGGAGCUUAUAUCAGCUCAGAGCCAAGGCACAUGAUCAAUGAUACCAAGCAAGCAACCGACGACUCGUAUGACUCUAUUGCACGGGAGCUCUUGUCACAAGGUUACAGAGACUAUGGCGUGCCGGGCGGGAAGUCAUUCCCGGGCAUCGAGUUGUUCCUUGCAACGCACAACAAGGACAGCGUCCUAAAGGCCAACGAGCUUCAGCAAACUCGCGCCAAGGAAGGGAAGGCCUUGAUCAAGAUUCAGUAUGGGCAGCUUCUGGGCAUGGCCGACGAAGUCAGCUUCAGUCUGCUCCAGCUUGCAGACCAGGGAGUCGAUGCAAAGGGAUCGGAAAGUGAUGCCCCUAUAGAGGUCUACAAGUGCUUGAGCUGGGGCUCUCUUGGUGAUUUCGGAGUUCACUGCGUUGAAGAACGAGUUAUGGAGGAGGCUUACAUCUUCCAAUUGAUCAUAGCAGGGAAGAUAGAGAUAUCAAAGUCGCUCCAUCGCACUCUUAUCAUCGUGAGGUUGACUAGGAGAGCCCAUCGCUCUCUCAGUCCCCACCAUCUCAACUCCCAAAGCCACCGCGCAAGCUACAAAACGACAUCGUCACAUCUCACCCAGCGCCCUCACCUCACUCACCCUCCUACCACCCCACUCCCUUCCGAAAGUCGACACCUAGACGGCAUUCCCGACAACCCACCCAACAUGGCAGCCAAAGGAGACAAGAUUGAAAAGAUCAUCACGCGGCUCCAGGCCCGCAUCGGCGAGGGCCAGUUCUACGAGGCCCAGCAGCAGACCCGCGUCGUCGCCGCCCGCUACAUCAAGGCCGCGAACUGGCCAGCCGCCAUCGAUAUUCUCUACAAUGUCGCACAGUCCCUACUGAAAGCCGAACAGGGCGGCAGCGGCGGCGACCUGGCCGUCAUGCUCGUCGACGUCUUCAAGCAGGCCGAGCUCAAGCCCGACGCCGCCAACAAGGGCAAGCUGCUCACCCUCCUGCGCCUGUUCGCCGCCCAGGAGCCCACGAGGAAGAAGUUUAUCGGGGAGAUUAUUGCAUGGUCAUCAAAGUUCGGCGAGUACCCUGCCGGCGAUACCGACCUCCACCAUGUCGCCGGAUCCCUCUACGCCGAAGAACACGACGCCUACGAGGCGGAACGACACCUGGUGCUAGGAACAAAGGACUCAGCCGAGGUGCUUGCAAAGAUGGAAUACGUCUGGUACAAGGAGGACGACUCGCACACGGCGCCACUCUACGCCGCCCGCGCCAUCUUCCCCUACCUCCUCGUCGGCAACGUCCGCGCCGCAAACACCUGCUACCGCCUCUUCGCCUCCUCCCUCAGCGAUGACAACAAGGGCCUCGGCGUCCAGGACGUCAGCAGCAAUAGCGCCGACCUGCGCAUCUUCCCCGGCUUGCCCCUCCUCAACUUCCUCGGCCUGCUCCUGCUGGCGAUCCAGCGCGGCGCCCCGGACGCCUACAAGCAGCUCCUGGCAAAGUACUCGUCCAACAUUUCCGAGGUCAGCGCGUGGAGCGAGGCGCUCGAGAUUAUUGCCGAAAUGUACUUUGGCAUCUCGCGCCCAAGGCAGAGCAAUCCGCUCAUGGACAUGAUGGGCAGCCUGUUUGGUGGCGCCGGUGGUGGUGGCGCCCCUCAGCAGAGACGUCCCGCAACAAGACGGGUGGAGGCACCCGCGGCUGAGGGCUUGGAUUAG